GGGGCGUUGCUGAGGGCGAUUGGGGGCGAGAGCGAGGCUGCAGAGCAGCCGAGAGGCGACGGCGGGAGCUAGAGAGGGCGCAGCGGUAGGGUGGCCGCGCGAGGGGAGCGGCGGCCCGGGCCUGGGCCCGGGGCGUGCGAGACGGCGGAGGCGGCCCAGGGCCUCGCUGCCGCCAUGACUGAGGAGUCCGAGGAGACGGUCCUGUACAUCGAGCACCGCUAUGUCUGCUCCGAGUGCAACCAGCUGUAUGGGUCCCUGGAGGAGGUGCUCGUGCACCAGAACUCCCAUGUGCCCCAGCAGCACUUCGAGCUGGUGGGCGUGGCCGAGCCUGGAGUCACGGUGGCCACAGAGGCAGCUUCUGGCACGGGCCUCUACCAGACCCUGGUGCAGGAGAGCCAGUACCAGUGCCUGGAGUGCGGGCAGCUGCUCCUGUCCCCCAGCCAGCUCCUGGAGCACCAGGAGCUGCACCUGAAGAUGAUGGCUCCCCAGGAGGCGGUGGCGGCCGAGCCGCCAGCCAAGGCGCCCGCGCUCAGCUCCAGUACCAUCCACUACGAGUGUGUGGACUGCAAGGCUCUCUUCGCCAGCCAGGAGCUCUGGCUGAGCCACCGGCAGACGCACCUCCGGGGCACUCCCGCCAAGCCUGCGGCCCCCGUGGUCCUGGGGUCCCCAGUGGUGCUGGGGCCCCCUGUGGGCCAGGCCCGUGUGGCUGUGGAGCACUCCUACCGCAAGGCAGAAGAGGGUGGGGAAGGGGCAGCUGUCCCUUCCGCCGCCGCCACCGCCACCACUGAGGUGGUCACCGAGGUGGAGCUGCUCCUCUACAAGUGCUCUGAGUGCUCUCAGCUCUUCCAGCUUCCGGCCGACUUCCUGGAGCACCAGGCCACCCACUUCCCUGCCCCGGUCCCCGAGUCGGAGGAGCCUGCCUUGCAGCAGGAGACCCUGACUCCGUCACCUGCGGAGGUGCCUGUGUCCCAGCCCGAUCCCCUGCCGUCCUCUGACCACAGUUACGAGUUGCGCAACGGUGAAGCCGUUGGGCGUGAUCGCCGGGGGCGCAAGGCCCGGAGGAACAACAGCGGAGAGCCGGGCGGGACGGCCACCCAGGAGCUCUUUUGCUCCGCGUGCGACCAGCUCUUUCUGUCACCUCACCAGCUACAGCAGCAUCUGCGCAGUCACCGGGAGGGCGUCUUUAAGUGUCCUCUGUGCAGUCGUGUCUUCCCCAGCCCUUCCAGUCUAGACCAGCACCUCGGAGACCACAGCAGCGAGUCUCACUUCCUGUGCGUGGACUGCGGCCUGGCCUUUGGCACAGAGGCCCUGCUCCUCGCCCACCGGCGAGCCCACACCCCGAAUCCUCUGCACUCGUGUCCGUGCGGAAAGACCUUUGUCAACCUCACCAAGUUCCUGUAUCAUCGGCGUACACACGGGGCGGGGGGUGUCCCCCUGCCCACCACACCGGUCCCCCCCGAGGAGCCGGUCAUUGGGCUCCCCGAGCCAGCCCCAGCAGAGACUGGAGAGUCCGAGGCACCGGAGCCUCCUGUGGCCGAAGAGAGCUCAGCAGGGCCGGCUGCCUCGGGCACCUACCGCUGCCUGCUGUGCAGCCGCGAGUUCGGCAAGGCCUUGCAGCUGACGCGGCACCAGCGUUUCGUGCAUCGGCUGGAGCGGCGCCAUAAGUGCGGCAUCUGUGGCAAGAUGUUUAAGAAGAAGUCUCACGUGCGUAACCAUCUGCGCACGCACACGGGCGAGCGGCCCUUCCCCUGCCCGGACUGUUCCAAGCCCUUCAACUCGCCCGCCAACCUGGCCCGCCACCGGCUCACGCACACGGGGGAGCGGCCCUACCGCUGCGGGGACUGCGGCAAGGCUUUCACGCAGAGCUCCACGCUGCGGCAGCACCGCCUGGUCCACGCGCAGCACUUCCCCUACCGCUGCCAGGAGUGCGGCGUGCGUUUUCACCGCCCCUACCGCCUGCUCAUGCACCGCUACCACCACACGGGCGAGUACCCCUACAAGUGUCGCGAGUGCCCCCGCUCCUUCCUGCUGCGCCGGCUGCUGGAGGUGCACCAGCUUGUGGCCCAUGCCGGCCGCCAGCCGCACCGCUGCCCAUCCUGUGGGGCCGCCUUCCCUUCCUCGCUGCGGCUCCGCGAGCACCGCUGCGCCGCUGCUGCAGGCCAGGCCCCCCGGCGCUUCGAGUGCGGCACCUGCGGCAAGAAAGUGGGCUCGGCGGCCCGGCUGCAGGCGCAUGAGGCGGCGCAUGCGGCUGCUGGGCCGGGCGAGGUCCUGGCCAAGGAGCCCCCGGCCCCCCGGGCCCCCCGGGCCACUCGCGCGCCGGUUGCCCCCACCACCACCCUGGGGGGCGCGGCCCCCGCGGCCCCCGCAGCCCCUGCCCGACGCCGGGGCCUGGAGUGUAGCGAGUGUAAGAAGCUGUUCAGCACAGAGACCUCGCUGCAGGUGCACCGGCGCAUCCACACGGGGGAGCGGCCAUACCCGUGUCCGGACUGCGGCAAGGCCUUCCGACAGAGCACCCACCUGAAGGACCACCGGCGCCUGCACACAGGCGAGCGGCCCUUUGCCUGCGAAGUGUGUGGCAAGGCCUUUGCCAUCUCCAUGCGCUUGGCAGAGCAUCGGCGCAUUCACACGGGGGAGCGGCCCUACUCCUGCCCUGACUGUGGCAAGAGCUACCGCUCCUUCUCCAACCUCUGGAAGCACCGCAAGACCCACCAGCAGCAGCAUCAGGCAGCUGUGCGGCAGCAGCUGGCCGAGGCCGAGGCCGCUGUCGGUCUGGCCGUCAUGGAGACUGCAGUGGAGGCGCUGCCCCUGGUGGAGGCCAUUGAGAUCUAUCCCCUGGCUGAGGCCGAGGGGGUCCAGAUCAGUGGCUGACCCUGCUCCCCUUUCCCUCUUCAGCACCACCAGGCCCUGUUGCUGAAGAACGUCCUCCAAUGUCCCCUUAAGUCUCUGUAGAUAUUGUGCUCCUUCCUCUACCUCUCCCAGCCGCCAUGUAAGUUCUGUAACUGGAUUUUUUCUCUCUUCCGAGGAGGGAGCUCUGGGGUCCUUGAUAUGCAUAAGAGGCACCCCGCCCCCCCCCACCUUCUACCUGUUAGUGCUGGUGGCCCCAAGAUGAAACAGUCAAUAAAGACUGAAUUGGACAUUUA